AUGAAGAGAGAUAAAAUUUCCUCUGCUCUUAAUGAAUUAAAUAACUCUGCCAACCCCAAAUGCCCAAGUAUCAACAGCAUAGCAAAAGAUUUUGGGCUUUCUGAAGCUACUCUUCGACAUGCAGCAAAAAAUAGUGGUCCUCCCAAAUGUCAUGGUCCCUCUACUAUCUUAACAAAACAUGAGAAAAACCAGCUCAUUGGCUAUUGCAUAAAUAUGCAAUGGCUUGGAUUUGGUUUAACUAAAUCUGGAUGGACCCAUUUCAUAAGAGACCACCCUGAACUAUCAUUCCAUACCUCUCAAGAAUUAUCCGAAGCUCGUGCGCAAAGAGCCAAUGCCACUAUCAUUAAAGAUCAUUUUGAUAAACUUAAACAAAUUAUUAAUGAAAACUCACUUACUGCGCUGCAAGUUUGGAAUAUGGAUAAAACAGGGUUUGUUCUUGUACCUAAGUUGGAAAAAGUUCUUGCAAAAAAAGGCUCACGCCAGGUUCAUAAGGUUGCAUAUAGAAAUUCUCAUAAACAUAUCUCAGUUGUUCCAACAAUCUCAGCCGCAGGAUCAUGCAUUCCACCUUUAAUUAUCUAUAAAGGUUCUUGCGCAAUUCCUGGUUUGUUACAAGGUGCACCUUCUGGAACAGUAAUGGGUUUUACAGACACAGAUCACAAAAGCCAUGUUAGCUAUUCACAUGUUGAUUUUUGUCAUCAAAAUGAAAUUCUUCUUUAUGCAUUUCCACCUCACACAACACAUAUUUUACAGCCAUCCAAAAUUCCUUUUGCAAAAUUAAAAAAGGAGUUUGGAAAACAAUAUGACAAUUAUCAUAAUACUACUAGAUAUCAAUUUUCACAACCCGUCAUUAUAUCUUCAUCUAGUCAGUCUUUACAACCAAUUAUAUUACUCUCACAAUCAACUCCUAAGCCAAAUUACUCUUAUUAUACUCGCACAAAUUUCACCCAGUUAAUAACAAAAAAUGAAACACUUAGAAAUGAGAUUGAAUUACUAAAAACUCAUUUUAUAGCAACCAAAGAAGAAUUAGAAACCUAUAAAAGCUUCAGAACAAGUUCCUUAUGUUCAGUUCUCAGGUAUAAUUUUCCUCGUGCCCUGCAAGCUAAGACUUUGGACAUUCCUUCAGAAAUUCGACAAGAAUCUGGCCCCUCUCCUAAAAAAAGAAAGAUACUUCCAUUUGCACAACUUCUCACCAAUGAUAAAAGUUGGCAGAAGUUGAAAGAAGCAAAUGAAGAAACUGAAAAAAAACUUGAGGAAGCUAAACAGAAAAAAGAAUUAGUAGCUCAGAAAAAGAUGAAACAGCAGCGAAAUUUGGAGCAAAAAAGAGAAGAGC